UCGCCCCUGAUAAUUCUGGUCGGAAACCCUGAACAACUUCUCUUCCUUUUGCUGUCCACAAGCAAGAUGCCAGGCGGUGGUGUUACAGUGAAAGACGUAAACCAGCAGGAGUUUGUCCGUGCGCUGGCCGCCUUCCUCAAAAAGUCGGGGAAGCUGAAGGUGCCAGACUGGGUUGACAUUGUCAAGCUGGCUAAGCAUAAAGAGUUGGCCCCAUGCGAUGACAACUGGUUCUACAUCAGAGCAGCUUCCACAGUGCGUCACUUGUACUUGCGCGGCGGUGUGGGCGUCGGCUCCAUGACCAAGAUUUAUGGCGGGCGCAAGAGGAACGGCGUGUGCCCAUCUCACUUCAGCGUCGGCUCCAAGAACGUGGCCCGCAAGGUCCUGCAGGCCUUGGAGGCUCUGAAGAUGGUGGAGAAGGACCCCAACGGCGGGCGCAGACUGACCUCCCAGGGCACAAGAGACCUGGACAGAAUCGCCGGCCAGGUUGCUGCUGCAAGCAAGAAGUCUUGAGGUGUAUAAUAAACUUUUUGGAGAAACUAA